CUCAGGCCUCCCUUCGCGUCAGUCGCUCGCUCCACUCUCCGCACACCGAGAGUACUCCUCCUCAGAAACCCCUCGUUUCUCCCUCUAGGAGGGACCUCCUCAUCUCUCCUUCGAAGGUCCCAGUCCUUGAAGGGUUGACUCAGAAGAGAAGAAUGUCACAAUUGCUUCCUCCUCUAGAGAAGCCCAGAGGUCCACCGCUAUCUCAUCCACUAGUUAGCAGUGCCCCUCCACUGAACCCUGUACAGAAAGUGCUAGCUUCCAUUCUCGACGCCGUGGAGAGCGGUAUCGUUGCAGGGUUGGAGGGUAAACGUCCUCUCCCUCGCUCUGUCGACCCAGCCGUGCAGAUCUCUGGCAACUUCACGCCCGUUCCUGAGUCGCCGCCGGUCCACGGGCUGGAAGUCACCGGUCGCAUUCCGCCAGUGCUGUUCGGCGUUUACGUGCGCAAUGGUGCCAACCCGAUGUUUCCACCAGCUGGCGGGCACCACCUCUUUGACGGCGACGGCAUGAUCCAUGCCGUCUCGCUCUCUGGCCCUGCAGAUGCUUCCUAUUCUUGCCGGUACACCCGCACGAGCCGCCUCUUGCAGGAGGCAGCUCUCGGCCGGACCCUGUUCCCCAAGGCUAUCGGCGAGCUUCACGGUCACUCGGGAAUCGCUCGACUUGCUUUAUUCUACCUUCGAACCGCGGCCGGGAUCGUAAAUCCCGCGAAUGGCACGGGCGUGGCGAAUGCCGGACUUGUGUACUUCGGCGGCCGUCUUUUGGCCAUGUCAGAAGAUGACCUCCCGUACCACGUGCGCGUCACCGCCGACGGAGAUCUCGAGACGGUGGGACGGCAUAGCUUCGCUGGGCAGCAGGUUACUUCGAUGAUAGCGCAUCCGAAGAUCGAUCCGGUGAGCGGCGAGCUGUUCGCGCUGAGCUAUGACGUGAUCUGCAAGCCCUACUUGAAGUACUUUUACGUGCACCCGAUGACAGGGAAGAAGUCAGGCGACGUCGCCAUCACCCUCCGCCGGCCCACCAUGAUCCACGACUUUGCCAUCACCGAGAACUACGCCAUCAUCCCCGACCAACAAGUGGUCUUCGAGCUCUCAAGGAUGUUGCAUGGCGGCUCGCCCGUGCGGUGCGACCGCAGCAAGACCCCCCGGUUCGGGGUGCUGCCUAGGUACGACGCCGACGAAUCCAGGAUCCGAUGGAUCGACGUGCCCGGCUGCUUCUGCUUCCACCUGUGGAACGCGUGGGAGGAGACGUGCCGCGAAGGGAAGGGGCGGACGGUGGUGAUCAUCGGGUCGUGCAUGUCACCGCCCGAUGCCAUAUUCUCCGAUGUGGAGGACGCGGCGGCGCCCAUCCGGACGGUGCUAUCGGAGAUCCGGCUCGACUUGGAGACGGAGGAAUCGAGCCGGAGGGAGAUUGCACCCGGGCUGAACCUGGAGGCAGGUCAGAUUAACCGGGCUCGUCUCGGCAGGAAGACUCGGUUUGCGUAUCUGGCGAUCGCGGAGCCGUGGCCCAGGUGCGGCGGGGUGGCGAAGGUGGACCUGGAAACCGGGGAGGUCAGGCGGUUUGACUACGGGGAUGACCGGUUCGGUGGCGAGCCGAUGUUUGUUCCCCUCCGCGCCGACGGAGGCGGGGAGGAAGACGAGGGGUUCGUGGUGGAAUUCGUGCACGAUGAGAGUCGAGGCAUGUCGCAGCUUCUGAUCGUGAACGGGCGGAGCAUGGACUUGGAGGCGACGGUGAGGUUACCGUCGAGGGUACCGUAUGGAUUCCACGGCACGUUCGUAAGGUCCGAUGAUCUCCGUCGGCAACAGCAGUAGUGUUCCGUUCGUCCCUCAGUUUUGAGAUUUGCUCUUCGGUCGGGCGAUGGUGAUCGACCGGACUACACGUACUCUUCUCUGCAACCUUCUCGUUUCUGUUCCUCGCCGCAUGUACACAUCUGUCAUCUAGUAG